AUGGCGUGCCUGCACCUGGUGUCGAGGCCAGCUCGUGGCAGGUGGCUCAUGGGGCUUGGUGAGCAGCUGUCGAGCUGCAUCUGUUGCUUUUGGGCAGGAUAUCCUUUCACAGCUUCCGGAGUGUACAGUAGAGGAGCCUGGCUGCAAACUGUCAGGGCAGCCGGACACUUGCGUCGACAUGCGAAAAUCCUUCUGUCAGACUGUCGGGCUGGUAAGUCAGGAGGAGGAAGGCAACGCUUUGCUGCUGGCUCCGCCGCCGUUCCUGGGCUGCAAAAGGGGGUGGAAGACGGUCCUCACCAGUUGACCAAGAAAGAGUCCAAUCGAUUCUGCCCAUGUUGCCCAUGUCCACCCGGAAGAAAGCUGUCGCUCAACCGUCUGCCGAGGACGCUGCUUACAUCAAAAGUGGCUGCUGGCGAAGAGAAGGCGCAGAGACCAUUUGGAGGUUCAGAGAUCGUGACGGUGAGCCCCUGCGAGGUUCAGAAGAAGGAGGAGAAUCAGUACAAGGAGGAGGAGUGUCAGAGCAUGGAUGACGGCUCCACCAGUGAAGAGGAGAGCCACCUGCACCUCACCAUCUCGGGCAUUGACGUGCUAAGCCUUGCCCGUGUGGCGCUGCCAACCUCCACAGUGUUGGGAGCCUUCUGCAUGAUCUCGCUGCAGCUGCCGGCCCUUCACGUGGCGGCCCCUGCGCAGGCGAGCUUCACUGCGCUGGUCUUUGCAACCCUGUGCUGCAUGGCGUACUGCGCGCACGCAGAUCCCGGGCAGAUGCCAGAGGCAGAGUCCCCUGAUCUAGAGGAGGCCGGAAGUGUGGGUAAGUUACGUUAA